UAUUGUCUGAUGCCCUCUUAAGGUCAAAGUUCAGGGAAAAGUAAGUUUGGCCCUGUGGUCAUGUGCGUGCGGUGUCGUCGAACUUCGUUGCAAAUUUAGACGUUUUAACUCAGUGCUAUGUUGUCUUUGCCCUACGUCUAAGUUGACCAACUAAAGGAUUGGUCGCCAUGGCGACACCAACCAGCGACGCCCAGGAAAACGACCUGCAGUAUGGGUCAGCCGACAACAUCACGCGCCUCCGCGUGUCCAGCCUCCCGAGCUCCGGCCUCACCACGCCCGAGUACAACCACGAGGUCAAGAUGGAGAAAACGCGAGGAUCCGUCGUGUCAAAUGACAUCGGAUUUCACCGCGAGGUUCACAACAGGCUGAGGUCUCACUUCACGUGUUCCACGGACAGGGUAAAGAAGGUGCUGUUUUCAACGCUGCCAAUAUUGUCCUGGCUGCCAAAAUAUGAAGUGAGGGAGAACAUUGUGAGCGACCUUAUUGCUGGGGUUACAGUGGGCAUCAUGCACAUCCCACAAGGAAUGUCCUAUGCCCUGCUGGCCACCCUCCCUCCCAUCUAUGGGCUUUACUCAGCUUUCUUCCCAGUUAUCAUAUAUGCCUUCCUGGGGACAUCCAGACACAUAUCUAUAGGUGUUAUGGCAGUGUUGAGUAUAAUGGUAGGUGCAACAAUAGAGAGGCUCCUUCCCGAGGGUGCAGGUCAGCUUCCAGCAGACCUGUACAACUCCUCCAUCUCCAACACAACUUUGGAGGAGCUGCAGUACCAGGCUCAACAGACAGAGGUCCAGGAGAGACUGUACAUCGCUUGUGCUGUGACUCUCAUGUCAGGGAUCUUGCAGGUUGCCAUGGGCCUUCUACAACUAGGCUUCAUCACUAUCUACCUCUCGGACCCACUGGUCAGUGCCUUCACCACUUCUGCUGCCUUCCAUGUGGUCAACAGUCAGAUCAAGCACCUGUUCGGCCUGGAGAUACCGAGAUACUCAGGCCCACUGUCUAUUGUAUAUACAGUCAUUGCCAUCUUCAGCCGCAUCACUGAGACCAACAUUGCGACCCUAGUGACCUCCAUCAUCUCUGUCAUCGUACUGGUGGUCCUGAAGGAGCUAAACUUAAAAUACAAGGACAAGCUGAAAGGCAUUCCUAUACCUUCAGAACUUAUAGUGCUGAUCCUUGGCACCAUAAUAUCACACUUUGCUACACUGGAGGAGCGGUACAGUGUUAAAGUAGUUGGUGUUAUACCCACUGGUCUCCCCAAACCUACGGUCCCCCGUGUGUCCCUCCUGGGCCAGGUGGCCCCGGACUGUGUGGCCAUGUCCCUGGUGUCCUUUUCCUACUCACUGGCCAUCGCCAAACUCUUCUCCAAGAAGUACGCUUACAAAAUAGACGCCAACCAGGAGCUGCUUGCCUAUGGAACUAGCAACCUGUUUGGAUCCUUCUUCUCCUGCUUUGUAUGUUCGACAGCAAUCUCUCGUACGUUAGUGGGAGAGGCCGCUGGAACUAAAACACAGCUCAUGUCCCUGGUGCAAUGUGUAGUGAUGUUGCUGGUGCUGCUGUUUAUUGGACCACUCUUCAGAUCAACACAGACUGCUGUUCUGGCUGUGAUUGUGGUGGUGAAUGUGAAGAACAUGUUUAAACAGUUUGCAGAACUCAAGCCACUCUGGAAGAUCAGUAAGAUUGAUUUUGUGAUCUGGUGGGUGACGUUCCUGGCCGUAUUCCUGCUGGGACUGGACAUCGGCCUGGGGACGGGGAUGGCCUUCAGUCUGCUGACCGUCCUGUUCCGCUCCCAGCGUCCAGCCACCACCCUGCUGGGUCAGGUCCCCAACUGUGACAUCUACAGGGACUUACACAACUACAAGGCUGCUCAAGAGAUCCCAAGUGUGAAGAUCUUCAGAUUUGACAUGUCCCUGUUCUUCUCCAACUGUGACCACUUCAAGACAUCCCUGUACUCACAGACAGGGCUGGACCCGGUGGUACUGCUGGCUCAGAGGAAGAAAGCCGACGACGAAAAAAAGAAGCUUGAAAAGAAGAGAGCAAAAGAAGCCAAGAAGGUUUCUGAGAAUGGAAAGGAAAUGGUUGAGUUAGAUGGUUUCAUUUCCAUGGAAGUGGAGGAACCUCCAGUACCUGAGGUGAAAACAGUCAUUCUGGACUGUGGACCCUUCAACUUCCUGGACUCUGUGGCAGUCAACACACUAACUCAGGUACACAAAGACUACAAAAGUGUUGGAGUCAGGUUUCUUCUGGCACAUUGCAAAGCCAAUAUCAGGGACCAGCUUGUGUCUUGUGGAUUCUUUGAGAAGAUUGAGUGUGACAACCUAUUCAUCAGUGUACAUGAUGCAGUACUCUUCUCUCUAGCAGAGGAUGCCAAGGUUGAAGCCAAAGAGGAGGAACCACAAGAAGAUGGUGAAGCCGCAGAUACCACGCACAUUGAGAUGGAGUCAGAGAUUUGAGAUGACAUCAAGUCUAUCAUGCUAUUGCAAUAUCUAUUCUGGUGUAAACUUCCUUUGAAAUUACCAUUCAAAAACCAUUUUAUCAGCUUUCUUCAAUGGUGCCACAUUUGAAAAACAAAUAGACUUCUGUUUCAGACAUAUAAUUAAAUUUACAUGUACGUCUUUUGUGAUUGUUGUGGGUUACUUGUUAUACAAGUUGUAUUUUGACAAUUCAAGUAACAAGUAAGUAAGUAUUUUGACUAUUUAAACUUGCUCAGGUUUGGGUAUGUGUGCAAGAAGUAUCAACCGUGUAAUUUCCAGGCAGAUCUACCAAUGGCAUUUAGCUUGGCAAGGAGUUUAGCUGGCCAAGUAGUGUUCUGAGCCACUGGGGAUCUGACGUCACUGAAACAGGGAGGGGCAUUUCUAUUCAAUAAUGGUGUGUGUUGCCGAGUAGGUGUUAAUUGCCCGCCUUGCUGUUAGGCGCAAUCCUUCUACAGGGAUGUGCAUGGGCACUGAAUUUGUCCCAAUAAAGAUAUAAAUUGAUCGUAAAAGCAUUAGCACAACAAAUCUUCUCAUUGUUGAUAGUAUGUCCUCUGGGAGGGGCAGUAACACCAUUAUUGAAUAGAAAUGCUCCUCCCUGUUUCAGUGAUGACAGAUCUCCGGUGGCUCAGAACACUCCUUGGCCAGCUAAACUCCUUAUGCCACCACUGGUAGAUCUGCCUGGAGAUUAUCAACCAUGAAGAAUUAAUGAAGAUUUUUCAAUAGACAUUUUACACUGACUGUUUUAAUGAUGUAUUAGUACAUACAAUGUAUGUAUACGUAUUAAUGUGUGGAUCACAAAACCAGCCUACUCCUGCCUGUGAUCCACAGGUAUUGUAUUGUUUUGCAAAUCUAAUAAAUCAAAUCAAAUCAAAUCUGAAAGAAGAUAUAUGACAAAGGCAAUAUUUCACAAGAUGUAAUUAUUUUGUUAAAGAGCUAUUAUACAGGAAAGAUCAGGAAAAGAAGCAAUUUUGUAGAUAUUUUCGUAUAGGGUUUGUGUAAUGUGUACUCAUAUCUUCCAAACUGUAAAAAUGAUCAAUAAAAAAAAUUGCUGAAAA